AUGUUGUCCUCGCUUACGACAACCGUCAAUGUCAUUUCCGUGGCCGUUUACACCAAGGUGAGACCAACAGGCUCAGUCAUAGGUGUGAAUCCCACAGCAACAACAAUCGGGUUGGAAUGCCCAAGCCACCCGAAAAUCAAUUGUAAUCAGAACUAUACCAAUACCUUCGUGGUCGGUCCAUGGGCCAGUACAGUCGUCCCAAAAGGAUUACCUUCCACUGGAACGUUUCAGUGGCUGUUGGAGAUCGAAAGGGAGGCAAUAUCGUAUGAGUGUCUCAUGAGCUCCGGUACACGCCAGACCUGUACUGGCCUUCAAAUUCCGCUAGGUUAUACAAGAUGGGAGCCAGAUAGGAAUUGGACACGCCACAGCUUUACUGUGACAGAGACUGAGGAGAUGCUGGAUACCAUUCAGUUACCGAUUGUCCUCACAUCUGGUCAGGAACAGUUGGGAAGUGACGUUCAAGCUACACCUACAGAGGACGCCAGCAAGAUUUCUGCUUCGCAAAAAGCCGCGACUGAAACCCUUCCACCAGUCACCCCGACCCUAUUCAUUUACAACGCAGAUGAGUACAUGAUACAUACUCCAACGGGCUCAGUUAUAAGCGCUAAUCCCACGGCGACAACAAUCGAAUUGGGGUGUCCCGUCCAGUCCGAUUGCCCAUAUGAAUAUAGCAACACCUUUGUCGUCGGUCCAUGGGCCAGUACCGUUGUUCCAGAAGGCUUAGCAUCGACAGGAACGUUUCAUUGGUACCUUGCCAAUAGUUACUGGGGGACUGCCCUCUCUGUGGAGUGUCUUAUGAGUAGCGGUAUGCCUCAGACAUGCACGCGCUUAGUUACGGGGAUGCAAACUAGGACUUGGGACAGUGAAGAUAUUCAUGCAGGCACAGUCACUGAUACUGCGACAAACAUGAUUCCAGGCGCGACGUUGGGAACUCGAUUUACACACAUGCCAAUUGUCAUCACUGCUAGCCAGGAGCUACUUGGCGAGGCUACAUCAACUACAACUGACAGAGCGUCACCGGAGAAAACGAAUGGGGCUGGAUCAAGUGCUGCUUGUGCCAUGGGUGUUAUGACAAUAGCUGUAUUUGCUUCUCUUCUUAUAAAUUACUAA